AUGAGGACAUUGUUCACUGGGUCGUAUCUGGGGCUGUGGUACGACGAGCACAAGCAAUGGAGGACUAAGUUCGGGGCAGAAGGAGGGAACGCACAAACACUGGUGUGGAAGGAGGGGAGGGCAUACCGAGUGGUGCUCACGGUGAAGAAGGGCAGCGGCUCGGCGUACGUCGACGGACAGCUUGUGGGGAGUUUGGAGGAGAAACCUCCAUCUACUGGUGCGUUUCCUCCGCCUCUGCCUCCGCCUCCUCUUGAGCAAUUUCCGCGUGGGAGGCCGCCGGAGAGGGUCUCGCAAAUCUUCGUGGGGAAAUACAGGGGCAGCGAGGAAAACGCAGAGGUCCACGUGACGGUGACGAACGUCUUGCUGUACAACCGCUGCUUCAACUCCAGUGAUGUUGCGGCGCUGGAGGGGAAGGAGGAGGCCAUCGUGACGCCGCCGGAACCGGAGGAGCAACCGCCUCGCGCCGCCGCAUCCGCCGCCAGUGGCCCGACGGCCUCUGCGCACGGCGGGGCUGCAGCAACUGGCAUCGUGGCCGAGGAGCCGUCAGGGGCAGCCGGCACUGGCCCCGCGACGACCAGCGCGGCUGAGAGUACGGCGGGGGAUGCGUCGGCACCGCGCGUUCCUCCGGCGCCGGACUUAAACAACGCCUCCGUCUCGCCCGCAAAAGAGGCUGCGGGCACAGUGCAGAGGGAGGCCGGCGGCGGAGACAGUUCCGUGCGUGGGCGUCUGUCUGCGGUGUCGCUGCCGCUGCCGCUGCCGCUUCUGCUGGGGCUGUGGGGGUGUGUCUCGUUCCUCUGA